AGAAGAGAAGAGAAGAGAAGAGAAGAGAAGAGAAGAGAAGAGAAGAGAAGAGAAGAGAAACUUCACCUAAAGUAUCGAUCCGAUACCAAUACUGGCGUUGAUUCCGACUGAUCCUCCCACACCUGUCGUGAAGCUUCAGACGAGCCAGUAAGCUGCUGGAUUCACUCUUAUGAAUGAUCCGAUGGUGAGAGUAUUUAACACCGGCCUCUCAGCACUCGAGCAUUUCUCACGACACACUCCUCUGAGAGAGCUGACCCGAUGGAUCCAUGUCGAGACCCCGUCUUCUCCGAGCAGGACUGUCUGGAUUUAUACACAUCCCUCUCUGACUCCGCAGCCGAGCAGAGCGAGCAGGAGCAGGAGCUGGAGACCGAGCAGAGCGCUGCAGGAUCCGAGCUGAAGCGUGCUGUCACUCACACGGACGCUUGGAGCAUCACUUUAAUUGAUUCCGCACAAGGCAGUAACAGCAGAACUGCAUCGCUCUGCGUGUCAACAUCGCAACUGCUCUCAAAAUACAGGCUCAAUCGUGACAAGGUUGACUCGAGCGUGGUGUGGGCCCGCGUGGCUCCUGUGCACGUGUCUCUCCUGGAGUCCGCUGAACUUCUCUUCAAUGUGUCUGUUCCCUGGCUGCCAGUGGAACUGCCGUACAGAAGCAGAUUGAACAGCACAGCCCAGGAGCUGAUGGAGGCGGUUCUGGUGACUCUAGAUCAUUCUGCCUCUGUCAGUGGACAGUACCUGAUGAAACUCUGCGACUCAGAGGAGUAUCUCAGAAGCGAUGAAAUCCUGGGAUUAUAUGAACGCAUCCAGGUGUAUCAGAAGUUUGCUUUGGAUGUUCCAGUGAGGAUGGUGCUCAAGGACUCCGCUGACAAAACACCGACACGACAUGAGGAAGACGACCGCCAGAUGUUUCAUUUUAAUCAAGUCCUCGCUUCUGCUUGUGCAUUCAGCACUUUAAGGUCGGGUCUGCAGGAGAAACUGUGCAUCUACAGCCAGGCAGUAAACAAGCUCUUGAGAAGCUGGUGUGAUGGCGGUGUGAGGGAGGUUGUGGAGAGCGUUCAUGCCGUGUGUGAACAGCUGUGUGGCGUCACUACAGCAGAUCUGGAGGACGACGUCGGGCGGAUCCAGUGCUACGCUCCAGUCACACUGACUCCAGUCGAAAUGUGUGACUGUGAAACUGCUGUAGUCAUGCUCCAUCACGCUCUGCUGAAGCUGCUCCACAUUUUCUUCACAAACUUUGAUUUGGACUUCAGAGGACAGGAGGACCAUCCGAAUCCACCAGCAGCAGACGUCAAGCACAGCGGCUGCAUGCUGCAAGUCAACCUGACGUGCCUCUACAGACUGCUGCCGGGCUGGAUAAACAGGUACGACCAGAUGUUUAACACUUCUGAGAAACCCGGUCCUCAGAGCAUAGCUAUGAAAGAAAGUCAAGGGUUUGAGGAUGAGGAAAUGGUUAAUGGCCUCUUUCACACUGGGUCUUCUCCACAGAUGGAUUUCCCGGAGUCUGAGCAGUGGCGAUAUGAGCGAGCGGCGGCUCGGCCCGAAGCAGUCCUGGAGUCGGCGCUGUGUGAAGAGCUGCAGAAGAGAGUGACAGAAGUGUGUCAGAAACACAGCCUGUUGCUCAUGACUGACAACGAGAAGGCCUUCCUGUGGAGCAAGCGGCACAUCUGCAGCCAGAGGAACUCACGCCUGCACUUGGUUUUGGGCAGCGCGCCACAGUGGAGACCGCAGGACCUGCCGGAAAUAUACUCCGUCCUGGAGCGCUGGAGCCCCGUGAGCGCUGAGGAGGCCCUGUUCCUCCUGAGUGAUGAGUUUCACGACCAGCGCGUGCGUUCAGUGGCGGUGCAGUGUUUCCAGCAGAUGUGUGACAGUGAGCUGGAGGAGUUUCUGCCGCAGCUGGUGCAGGCUCUGAAGAUGGAGUGGGAAAUUGACGGGCCGUUGAUGAAGCUUCUGCUCUCCAGAUCUUUGCACUGCAUCCGUAUCGCUCAGCAGCUGUACUGGUUACUGGUGGACGCUCUGGACGACUGGCUCUAUAAGAGUUGGAUGAAUAAGGUUCUGUCGGCGCUGAAGCACUGCUGCGGUCGCGCUCUGAGACACGAGCUUCAGCGCCAGAGCAGACUGGUGGAUCUUCUCACUCAAGUGGCAGAGAAAAUCCGCACAGCUGACAAAAACAAGAGAAAGGACGUGUUUCGCCGAGAGAGAUGGAAGAUCGUGAGCUUUUUUGCUGAUGGACAGUCCUGCAGGCUUCCAUUAGAUCCAGCGGUCGUGGUCAAAGCUGUGAAUAUUGAGGUACGUUCAAUAAAUGCAUUUGGGAGAUUUACUGUGCAUGAGCGAUUAGUAAUAAACGCAGUCUCUGACGUGUUUCGCCGAGAGAGAUGGAAGAUCGUGAGCUUUUUUGCUGAUGGACAGUCCUGCAGGCUUCCAUUAGAUCCAGCGGUCGUGGUCAAAGCUGUGAAUAUUGAGAGCUGGUGUCAUGAAUGGUUGGGUUCAGGUUUAGUGGAAGUGGUGCGUGACGCUGUGACGCUGGCGAAGAUUCAUCAGGAGUGGGGUCUGUCUGGAGCGCUGAGGGAAGACACCUUAGAGAAAUGGUUCCAUAUGAGGAACAAGACCAAAGAGGACUACGAGAAGGCUGUAAUGAACUUCCUUCACUCCUGCGCCGGUUGGUGUGUCGCCACAUUCGUUCUGGGCAUCUGCGACCGUCACAACGACAACAUCAUGAUCAAACACAGCGGCCACAUGUUCCACAUCGAUUUCGGGAAGAUCAUGGGCAAUGCGCAGAAGUUCGGUAGCAUCAAGAGGGACCGGACGCCCUUCAUCUUCACGCCGGAGAUGCAGCGCUUCAUCACAGGCGGCGGCGAGAAUCCACAGCGCUUCCACCGCUUCGUUGAGCUGAGCUGUGACGCGUACAACAGUCUGCGCAGACGCUCUGCUCUGGUGCUCAGUUUGCUGCAGCUGAUGCUGGCGGCCGGUAUGCCUGAGCUGAAGGACGUCCAGGACCUACAAUAUGUUCACAACAAACUGAGGCCUCAUGACUCGGAGCUGGAAGCCACUUCAUAUUUUACCAAAAAAAUUAAAGAGAGCAUGGAGAGCUUCCCAGUCAAAUUAAACUUCCUCAUCCACAAUAUGGUGCAGUUUUCCUCCGUCAAACGUUCAGAAGCGCCGGCUGAGAGCCAGAUCUCCUCCAACACCAACAUUCAGGAGGCCGUGAUCCAGAAAUAUACAGCGAACGGCAAAGAUGUGACGUACGAGCUGAAGGUGGCCAUUGAGGACGGAUUCCUCGUCGUUCAGAAGAGCUUUGCUCAGUUUGAGAUGCUCCACAAGCUCCUGCAGAAGCACUUCAUCGAGUCCACGCUGCCAAAGUUCCCGAGCUGGUUUAACAUGUCCUUUACACCGGGCCGGAAGAUGUCUCUGCUGAACAAGUAUCUGAAGGAGCUGUUUGAAGGACCCUGCAAAGGGAAUGAAUACGUCUGCAGCCUGUUUCUGGACGGACCAAACACUGCGGUCAAGUCAGAAACAGACGCUCAUCUCCGACCGCAGAUUCAGCUCUACCUGUCUUAUAAAGACUAUAAGUUAUCUGUGAUGAUAAAGCAUUUGAAAAAUAUCAGGUUGUCUAACGGCUCGUGUCCGGACGCAUAUGUGGUCACACGACUAAGACCUGACCCGCAGGACAAGACCAAGAGGAAGACCAAAGUGGUCCGCAGCAAUGACAAUCCCACAUUCAAUGAACUGAUCGAGUACAGGAACGUGCACAACCUCCACGGACACGUGCUGGAGGUGACGGUGAAGAGCAGGAAGACUUUUGUAGCGGCUACAAACGUGGUUCUGGGAGAGAGAGUUCUGGACCAGGAGAAGUGGUUUCCUCUGGGCUUCUCGGCCGUUUAAAGCAUUACUGAAGCACUCGAGUGAACAUGAAGGCUGUUUCACAGAGCCAUCAGCGAUGCGCUUCUGAUGGAGAUCACGGAGUAUGGAGGACAAAUGUUGAGCAGUAUUAAUGGAGCUCAUGAAUGAAGAACGGUUUAGAUGCCAGGCCUGGUUUCUCCUCCACGGUCACCUGACGGAGUUUGGGUUUCUCGUCUCGCUCAGCAGAGACAUAAAAGCUGUCACGGUCCUACUCUCUGUAGAGCUGUACUUGAAGUUAUAUUUGAAACGACAGAUGUCUAAAACUGAACUUGGUGACACUUACACUGGUUUUACUGUGAAGCAAUUUUAUUGUAUGAAGUGCUAUAUUAAUGAGACCAGAAAAAUAGAAAUGGGGUUUAAGAUCUUUUUAGUUUUAAAAUUCCAUUGAGCAGUUUCUGAAAUACGAUGUAAGCAUCCGCGUGAAGGUUUUUGGGACAUGGUCUUUGACCUACAGAUGAAGAGGAGUUAAUGAUAUUGAGAAGUAAUAAUUAUGCAGUUUAAGUUGAUGUCCGAGCAUCAAGCAUCAGUCAGUCAUUCCCUCGCCAUUGUUUUGUGCAUAUGGAUAAACAUUCACUAAAAUGAGUCUACUUUAGAACCAUUAAACCAAUAACAAUAAAUCUUCUUAUCAUCUCACUUGUAACUCUUCAUGUGCAGGACUCACAUGCUCAAUAAUGCAACCGCUGUCGCUUCAGGAGACACAAAUGUGAUUUCCAGCACCUUCACUCUCGCUGUUCUUCUGUUGAAAUCAGCUGCAAACCUCCACCAAUCUGCUGAGACCCUCACGACUGUCCAGAAGCUGAAGACCCACCUCUCACAUGACGUUAACCAAUCCACAAACCUAAACCACGACACACGGCGCCGCCGUUAUAACACUGAAACUCCUACAUUACAAAAAAAAAUCACGAGCUCUUCUAUAG